AUGGCUCGAUCAGUUCUCGGCAACGCCAAGGUGUACCAGAUCGAGGGAGAUUUCUUCACCAAGUUCAAGCUGGAAGCUGAAGAGGUCAUUGACUCCGGAAUGUGCGGGGACAUCGUGCUGGCCAUUCCUCUGGAGAAACCCGAAGUCCGGCGAGUGGUCAAGAAGUUUACUCUUCUGGAUCAGGACAGUAAUGUCACAAAUCAGGAAACCUUCGAGGCUGAGGUGAAGUUCAUGCAAACCUGUGAUCACCCUUACAUCACCAAGUGCCUGGUCGCAGGUGUGUGCAAGGAUUACCUGGCCAUCUGCAUGUACUACUACCCCAGAGGCACCCUGGACAACUACGUGGGCAACCUGAGCCUGGACUUGUCGGAGCUGUGUGUCAUUCAAGUGGCUUGUGCCCUCCGUUACUUACACGAGAACAACUUGGUCCACAUGGACGUCAAACUGGACAAUGUCUUCCUGGAUGCAGACUUCAAUGCCGUCCUGGGAGACUUUGGUCUCGCGCUAGAGCUCCAGCCCCAGCAGAAAACAGUCGGGAGGUCAAUGUGCGGUGGGACACCGUGUUACUAUCCACCAGAACGGAAAGGAGCAACAGACAACACGCAGCUGGAUCCAUAUAAGAUGGACGCCUACUGUCUGGGGGUGGUUCUGUGGGCCUUGCUGAUGGAGAGAGACCCCGAUGAUGGCAUUGACUAUUUUUUCGAGGCCAGGAGGAAACAACGCCUGCCGACACACCUCAGGGAACUUUUACUCAAACUCCUGGACAAAAGCCCCAGCAGAAGGAUAACAGUUGCGGACUUCCUCAAAAAGUUGAGACGGGACUCUGUCCACCGGCGCAUUAUUGACAGAUAUUAG